CAUAUGGUAGCAGUCGGAAGUUUUUACACGCUCCCUACAUCCAGCCAUACCCUCGUCUCUGGUCCUUAGCUCUGUGUUGCUACGUACCCUCCGUCCGCCCGCUCCGUACUCUCGGUUCGCGUCGCACUCCUUGUAUCGAGCGGUACCUCCGGUCGCCGCAGUGGCGCCGUUCCUUGGUCGACUCCUUUUCUAUCGCCCGCCUGUUUCCUCGGUCGCAUGUUCAACUUUCCACCAGCGCGUGUUAGUGAGCCGAUGAACUCGCAGUCCUCACUUUAAGGCGCCUCAGAAAUACCGUCCGCCUGUCCUCUCGGUCGCAUUUUCCACCAGCGCGUGUUGGUGAACACGCGGCGGUGCUUGCUUUGGCCGUCAUCGCAUCGCGAGCCGUCGUAUAGCGUCGCAACCUGUCGCACGGCGUCGCAUUUCACUAUUUCGUCGUCGCUUUCGUCGCCAGCCUAUCGCGCGACGACGAGGACGUGUCGCCAGGCGUGCGAUGGACCCCACUCAGCGAAGCGCCAUCGUCAUCGAUAAUGGCUCCGGGUUCACCAAGAUGGGGUUCGGCGGUAACUUGGAGCCCAGCUUUGUCAUCCCCACAGUAGUUGCCUGCCACGACUCGUUUGCUGGUUCCGCUGCUCUGGCGGCUCCUGCAGCCAAUCCCGUGUCGCCAGCUCAGCAGCAGCAGCAGGCCCACGUGGCAGCGCUCAUGGCUGACCUGGACGUCCACGUGGGCGAGGCGGCGUACGCUGCCGUGCGAUCUGGGCCGUACAAGCUGACGCACCCAGUGCAGAGAGGUCAGAUAGAAGCGUGGGAUGCGAUGGAGCACCUGUGGCAGCAGGCGCUCUUCAAGCACCUGCGGGUGGAGCCAGAGGAGCACGUGCUGCUGCUGGCGGAGAGCCCGCUCACCCCGCCGGAGCACCGAGAGUACAUCGCAGAGAUCAUGUUCGAGACCUUCAAUGUGGCUGGGCUAUACAUGGCGAGUCAACCCUCCCUUGCUCUCACUGCGGCAAACACUGCAGCUCAGGUCCCAAUGACCGGCGUGGUCGUAGACGCUGGCUUUGGCUCAGCCUCCGUGGUGCCAGUGGUGGAGGGCUAUGUGCUGGGGGGCAGCUCCCGAUCGAUGCCCGUUGGGGGCGCUCACUCCACGGCCUUUGUUCAACAGCUGAUGCGGGAUCGAGGGGAGCCGGUGCCAGUAGAGGAGGCAACGGAAGUGGCGAGGAGAGUGAAGGAAACCUACGGAUACACAUGCUCUGACCUUGUCAAGGAGUUCACGAAGCACGACAGAGAGCCGUCAAGGUACCGCAAGGUGUGGACAGCCACCAACGCCCGCACCAACACGCCCUACCGCUGCGACGUGGGGCACGAGCGGUUCCUGGCAGCUGAGGUCUUCUUCUCCCCUGAGAUUGCUGUCAGCAACGUGGGCACGUCGCUAGCUGAGCUGGUGGAUGCUGCUGUGCAGACGGCAGCUAUCGACACAAGGCGCUCCCUUUACAAGAACAUAGUCCUAUCCGGUGGCUCUACCAUGUUCAAGGACUUUGGCCGCCGGUUGCAGAGAGACGUGAAGAAAGCCAUUGAGGCCAGGAUGGCUGGCUCUGCUUCUAGUGAGCCCAAGGCAUCGGACAUAGAGGUCACGGUGGUGUCACACCAUCUGCAGGAGUAUGCCGUGUGGUUCGGGGGCUCGGUUGUCGCCUCCUCGCCAGGCUUCCAAGGGGUGUGCACCACACGCGCUGCGUACUUGGAGCACGGGCCAAGCGUGUGCCGAGCCAACAGGAUGAUCAGUGCCUCGUUGUCGUAACACCUUGUGUUUGAGUGUUUCACUAUUGAGCGCUGACUUGUUUUGGACGGGUCUGGCUGGCUUGAUUACGUUUAAAGCAUUUGCUCCUUUGUAUCCAAAGAACACACUGCUCUUAACGUAGGAUUGAAUGUCGAAAGAAAAAACGUACAAGGGUAUAAAGUGUUGUACCCUCUAAGAUACGAACCUAAACAGUCA